AUGAACACGGAUACUCCCUCCUUUCAUUACCCAGAUGCGCAUUUGUCUCCUGAUAAACCUAUUCCAUCUCCAUCCCCAAGUGGUUUAUCUCGCCCCAUCACCUCUUGCUUACCAUGCCGUCAUCGCAAAGUCAAAUGCGACCGUCGCCAACCGCAAUGUUUAGUGUGUGAGCGAGGCGGUCAUGCCUGCUCGUAUGUAUCAAAGCCACAAUCGCCGGCUUCGCCCCUAGAGUCGAAUCGCAUAGUCAAAGCCAGCAGCAACAGUGGCUCCAGGUUGUCUUCGUCGACACUGGCUCGAAUUAAUCCCGGUCUGCAGCGACUGGCCAAAUUCAUGGAGCAAGCAAAAGCAUAUGAGGCAUCCUCAUCGCAAAGUCCCUCCUCGUCGUCUCCGGACUCCUUCUCGUCUACAUCGACAACGCAACCGACACCAGCAGCCAACACUUCCGCCCCUCCCCACAAUCCGCGAUCGGAGGAAGAUGCCCUCAUCCUGGAUAACGGAGUCCCCCACUUUGUUUCCGGCAAACACUGGGCUUGGAUGGCAGCAGAGCUCCAAGACAUCCAAUCAGUUCUCACGGAAUCUCAAAUGUCCUCUUCUCCGGAAGGGACACUUGACGAUGUUAUUUGGGAGGCCGAUUCACCUGCCAGGGCAUCAAUUAGCAACUUUAGCAACAACUUCUGGCCUGAUACCCGGGAAGAUUGUUACUUGCUGUUGAAUGUGUACCUAGCCAAUGUCGACCCGAUAGUUCGCAUUAUCCACCGGCCAAGCUUGGCCCGUCGCUUUGACGCCUUCGUGCGCUCUCAAUAUCCUGACAGUCGAGAUUACACACCGAGCCAAGGGGGAGACAGCAACGGCGGUACGAGCUGCGGUCCGACAAAGAUUGACGCAUUCCAACCACUGGUCAUGUCUAUCUUCUACGCGGCUGUCAACAGUAUAAAGGAUACAGACGUAGCCACCAUGUUCGGUAUGGACAAAGUCUCUUUUCUGAAUCGGUAUCGGAUGGGAACAGAGAUGCUUCUCAAGCGCCAAAAAUUUAUGACCUCGAGGAUCUUUGAGGUUCUGCAGGCAUUUGUGAUAUUAUUGACUGCGCAAUACAGAGAAGAUGACAUGGGCAAAGUGUGGCCAUUGACAGGCCUGGCCAUUCGGAUUGCAAUGCUUCAGGGACUCCACAGGGACCCCCUAGCCCUACCACUCGGAACGAUCGACGUCGUACAGGUGGAGCUGCGCCGUCGCCUGUGGGCUCAGAUCUGCUAUUUGGAUUUCCGGACUGCGGAAGAUCACGGAUUCGCGCCGUCGAUCCACGCAUCGGACUUCGAUACGCGUCGGCCCGUCAGUCUGGACGAUGUGGAUCUGAUUGAAGGCGUGGCCCCCUUGGCCGGGCUCUCUGAUGCCUCUAAAUUCACCGAUAUGACCAUCUACCUUCUGCGCAUCACAGCGGCCGGUUACUACGGGCACAUCAUCCAGAUAACGCAUGCGUCGCGCAAGCGGCUGCGGAACGGCCUGCAUGGUCUGGCUGUUGACGAGCCUCAAGCCUUGACGGAGCUACAGGGACUGUUGCAGACGGCGACUGCGCUUGCAGGUGAGUUAGAGAGGGGCCUCGACGAGCUCGUUCGGUACUGCGAUAAGAGGGUGGUUAUGCAAUCGAUGGCUUUGGAUCUUAGCCAGCACCUCAAGACCAAAUUCUGGGUUAUGUUCUGGAUGCAGAUCCCACGACAGAAUCGCGAGAAAAUCAUAAGUCCUGCUAUGAGACGAAACAUAUUCGUCGACGCUGCGACCGCCGUAGAAACUUGGUGCACCAUUUCUUCGAGCCCGGCCUGCGAACCCUAUCAAUGGCACAUAACCUCACACGCCGGCUUUAACCUCAUUCUCUACGUUCUCUCUGAGCUUCGCAGUCCCGAAUUUCGGAAGCCUGGAUGGGAGGAUCUUCGCCAGCGUGGGCUUCAACUCGCCAAUGCCAUCUACGACCUGCGCGGCCAUCAUACCACGGGCGCCUGGCCUGCAAUCAUGUGGCUGGUAAGUCGUAUUCGAUUCCAGCAGGAUCCGGCUGAAGAUUCAAGGCCUCUGAUGGCUGCUGGCGCUGUUGUCGGCGGUAAUGGUGGUACUGGGCCUGGUGGUCCGUCGGAUACCCAGCCCUCGAUUAUGAGACCGGCUGGUCCUGCCGGUGCUGGGGGUGUUGAUGAUGCUCCGCCAGUGGGCCCGGCAGGGUUGGAAUUUGACACCGGAGAUCUCAUGGGGCUGAUCGAUCUAGAAGACUUUGAUUUCUCGGAUUUCAUUGUAAUGGAUGGGAUGGGGUUGCCGGGGCUUUCGCGGUGAGAGGGCAGACUAUUGAACGUUUGGAGCCGAAAUAAAACGUAGAGACGACUUAUCGACUCCUGGCAUGAGAUGUGACAAUAGAAAAAAGUAGGGGAAUGUCACAUCCACUCUCAAUGAACG